UCAACUUCGUCGUCCUUGCUUGUCGUUAUAUAGGCUACCAAGAAAGGAACCAGAGCUUAUCUACCUCUACACUUUUGCAGCGGCAAAGCAUGCUGUGAGUGUGUGUAUCAAUCAUGUUUGGAAGACGGAUACCAUUCAACCAGAUUGCGUUUGCUACCUUGGUCGGAGUCGUCGGAGGUAUUUACGUAUACAAACCUUUCUUUGAACCCCCUACGAGUACAAGUUCAUCAGAACCGCACUUGGAUGUUGUCACACACGAACCGGGAGAUCAGCGGCCAGCGGCUGCCAAACAAGAAGAAAGUUCGACGGUACACGGAGCACAUAAAUGACUGAUGUGCCAAAGAGAGACGAUACAGUUAAAUUGUGAUGAUGUGCCUGUUGCCUAAUCAUUGCUGAUGUUUGUUAUUUUUCACUGUUGCUGAAUA